GAAGUCGUCAGAUGCAAGAAGAAAGGAUAGAAGACGAGAAACAGAAUGUAGACAGGCCCUAGAGGCAAUCACAAUUAAAUGCUAAGGGUGAUAAGAUCAUAGAAACUUUGACGACCGAAAAUAAACGUGUUAGAAGAAGAGUGAACAGGCUGGUUGCAUAUCCACAGGUGUAUCACCGAACCGAAAAACAAAAACCGUCUUGUUAGUAUGUCUUUUUAGUUAAACUAUUUUUUAGCUUGAUUUUAAAAAUACUGAUGACUUUAAGAUUGCUUUUAAAAGUUCAUUUAAUAGUCUUUUUGCAAAUUUCUCAGGAGCGGAUCGAAAGGAAAUUAAAUCUGCUGUAAAUCUCUCGACGCUAGCACCUCUACGAGUUGCAUUUUAUCCGCCAUUUUGGAUUUUCAACAACACCAGUGCCAGCACAACUUAUGAUAUAAUAUAAAGAUCCACAGUAAUGUAAGCCUAUCAUAUUCUUUGUCAAUUCUGCACUGCGAGGAAAAUUUCAUGAACGUUUUCGGAAGAAAACUUGAAAGUAUUUAGAUUAUAUAAAACUGCCAAACCGUUAUCAGGAAAACUCUGUAAUAUCUUAAAAUUUCGCCAAUUGGGUUGGAUACCUUACAUUAUUUAUGCCACCGCUUUAUUUUGAAAAAAAAAUAUUGCAAUGCUGUGGUGAGUAUACCAAGCUUCUUGAUGUGCGGAUAGUGCUAUAUAUUAAAUGUCAUGGACAUUGAUUUUACGUAAAUAUUCCUUUGAAAGGUACAGUAUAUAAAGUAUUAUUUCAUCCUAAACUGAAUAACAUUGUCUAAACUAUAGAAAAUUUCCAAGUUCAUAUUUAGCCAAGGAUUGUAUUUAAUUCAAGUUCCGGUCCUGCUUAGACUUGUGGUAUUUAAUCUAAUCAUCCUUAUCUUGAUAUUUAUUGUGAAAACGUGAAAGUGAUACCACUGGCAUAAAAGUAACUUAAAACUUUAGUAUAUCUCGGUUGAAGGAGAGGACUAUCUUUAGGGAGCUUUUUAAACUUAUUGGUUGUUGGAAAUACUUUGAAAAUUGUCUUCCAUUUACCACAAUGUCUUGGUACUUGUAUCGCUUUGUGGACACCAUGAAGUCGGUUACGUCGUAUUUACCGGACUCCUGUUGGAAAGAGGAAGAUCAGGAGACUGUACACUUUGCCAAACACGGUCAUGGCCGAGACGACACAGAGCUCCACUCUUUCCGAGAAGAAGACAGCGACCGCCGCAGUAGCGAUAGCUUUGAUGAAAAGGGCGGCGAACGACAGGGUGGCAACUCUAAAUUGAACGGCACUGUCCCUAGUACGGACGCAGGGGGAGAGGGAGAGUUCGGAGGCCGAGAAAGUCAAAUUUCCGAAUGGCAAGCGGGCUGGAACGUUACCAAUGCUAUACAGGGGAUGUUUAUCGUCAGUCUGCCGUACGCCUGUCUUCACGGUGGGUACUGGGGCAUCUUUGCUCUUGUGUUUGUAGCAUACAUUUGUUGCCAUACAGGUAAGAUUCUAGUGGCUUGUCUGUACGAACCAAAUGAACGUGGAGAUAUAGUCCGAGUUCGGGACAGCUACGUGGCCAUCGCUCAGAGCUGCCUAGGGGACAAAUGGGGCGGGAAGAUGGUCAACGUGGCCCAAAUAAUCGAAUUGCUGAUGACUUGUAUCCUGUACGUGGUUCUAUGUGGUGACUUGAUGAUAGGCAGUUUCCCAGAUGGACCAAUUGAUCAACGUUCCUGGAUGAUGAUUGCUACCAUGUUUCUCUUACCUUGCGCUUUCCUGCAGAACCUGCGAUCAGUCUCAUGGCUCAGCUUCUGGUGCACCGUUGCCCAUAUUCUCAUUAACAUUAUUGUCAUGGGCUACUGCUUUACCAGAGCCCCCUACUGGGCUUUUAGUAAGGUGCCCCUGAGGAUCGAGAUCCAUUACUUCCCAAUCAGCUUGGGCAUUGUAGUAUUUAGUUACACUUCUCAGAUCUUCUUGCCGACCCUCGAGGGUAACAUGCGUGAUCGUUCCCGUUUCCACUGCAUGCUAAAUUGGAGUCAUCUGGCUGCAGCAAUCUUCAAGGGCCUGUUUGCCUACGUUGGAUUUCUGACGUGGGCUGAACAGACACAGGAAGUUAUUACUAACAAUCUUCCAACCAAAGCUUUUAAGGUCAUAGUUAACUUGACGCUGGUCAUCAAGGCUCUGUUUUCAUAUCCUUUGCCCUACUACGCAGCAGCUAAUCUAAUUGAGAUUGCUUUCUUUCAAGGAAAACCGACAACAAAGUUUCCUUCAUGCUUUGCAACAGACAAAGAGUUACGAGUGUGGGCUGUAGCUCUUCGAGUUCUUCUGGUAAUCUUUACCCUGUUGAUGGCCAUUUCGAUUCCUCAUUUCGCCAUCCUGAUGGGUCUAAUAGGUAGUUUUACAGGCACCAUGUUGUCUUUUGUCUGGCCGUGUUAUUUCCACAUGAAACUGAAAUGGAAUGAGUUACCUUGGUAUACAAUCAGUUGGGAAGUCUUCAUUAUUUCCAUAGGAGCCUUUUGUGGUGUUAUUGGAAUAUAUUAUUCUUUUUCGGCUCUCGUCCAGGCUUAUCAUCUUCCUCUACCCCACGGAGAAACACCAUAAAGGUGAUAUACAUAUAUCUAUGUAAUAAAAAAUAAAUCCUCUUCCGAUAAUCCAUGCAUAUUAACUUUGUUUAGUCUAACAGCCAAGUUGUAAUGCUUAUCUUCAACUUGAUAGAUCUUUUGUGUCGUACUAAAUGAUUUAGUUGAUCUUGAUGUUUCACCAUGUUCGUUCAGUGAGGUCUUAAAAGAAAGACCAGUUUUCCCUCUAACGUAAAGAACACUCAGAGAACCCCACUUACCUUUGGCCAUCUUCUAGAUGGAAGAAGCUAUGUCUGCCUCAAGGUUACCACAGAAUGUAGAAAAAGAGUACACUAACGUAAAGAACACUCAAAGAACCCCACUUACCUUUGGCCAUCUUCUAGAUGGAAAAAGCUAUGUCCGCCUCAAGGUUAUCACAGAAUGUAGAAGAUAGUAGACUAACUAAAGAACACUCAAAGAACCCCACUUACCUUUGGCCAUCUUCUAGAUGGAAGAAGCUAUGUCUGCCUCAAGGUUACCACAGAAUGUAGAAAAGAGUAAACUAUCGUAAAAGAAAAAUUAUAAUGACUCGGAUAGAGAUUGAAUGAAAUUAGUACUAAAUUAGUAAAGAAUAUAAACACGUUGUUGGCGUCCUUAUAGCAGUUUAUGAAACUUAUUAUGGUGUUGAAAUUUUCUUCGACAAGAGUAAGAGCAGAAUGUGUCUUAUUGAGAGACCUGGAUAUGCAAGCUGUGCUAAGACACUUCUCAUCGUACAUCUUAUGUCUGAGAAACAAAAUAUUUUCAAACAGAUCAGUGAACAAUUUACUAAAUGUGGAGUGAAGAAAAUGGUGGAUUGUACGUACUAUUUUGCUUUACUUAACAAUGUGACUGUCAUUGUAUUGUAGUUUACUUGUCAAGCAUACUUUGUAUAAAAUGUUAGACCUAUAUCAGGAAUAAGCCAAACGAUAUUAGAAAACAGAUUGCUAUAACACAGAAGAAAGAAAGUUAUAACUUGAAAUGCUUGAAAGUCUAGUAAGACGAGAAAACUACAGGUAGUAAAAGUAAAGUGAAUAAGAAAAUGAGGUAGAAAGUUACGUGUAAUAAUAUAUUCUGUAAUUGAUGAGUUGUUAGUGAAAGAAAACCUAAAGAUGAGUGUAAUGUGUAUAUUAGCAGUAGUAACAAUAAUUUAUAUAGGAUAAAUUUUGUUACAGAGGUCAAAAUACACAUAUAUAUAUCGAAAACAGUAGCUUUUAAAACACUCCAAUAAAGUGCUUAAUUUAAAAGACGUAAAAAUGCUAAAUUUGUAAUGAACGAUUUCAGAAGUGUUUAACUAGUUCCUUGACGUCACACGAUUGCGUGAUUUUGAUUCAUUUAUAUAUGUAUAUUGCGUGAGUGUCUGUGCAUGUGUGAGCAGUAUAUGCAUGAACUCUUUCGAUUCGCUCGAGUCAAACUUUCAUUAAGCUGAAAACAGCUUGCGAUGGUUAUUGAGGUCGGAAAUUAUGGUGUUUAAUAACGAAAACGAGCAACGCUUUUGUUUACAAGCUUUAGGUAAAUAUAACAUCGUGAAAGGGUAAAAACAUCGUGUUUCAGAAAAACGGUAGGCCUGUGAUGAAAGGGCUACCUUUUGUGCCGAUGUAAACAAGCUUAGUGAAUUAGAACCUCUUUAACCUUUCACGAAUGAUCUAAUUUAGCAAAUUAGAAUUUUUAGAUCUGCUUUUUAAAUCUAAUUCUAUCGAAGUCUGUGGUAGGAUGAGGGCUCAGUAAUGUAGAUUAGUCGAAGGCAUAGAAUUUCAGUGUAAACAUUUGAGACAGACGUCUCAACUCAAGGUGCAUUAUUAACGAGACCAAAUUCAUCUCAUUCACGUCUUCCAUUUGCUUAGUCUUCCAGCAAAAAUAAAUCUAUAUAUCUUCGAUGUUUUAUGUGUAUUUGUAAUGCCUCUAUCGAAAUCUUUUAGUACUGAGAUUUAAAAAAAAAUGGAUCAUACACAGUGAAAUCAUUGUUGGUCCAAGUUUUCGGUUUCUUGUAGUCACUGUGGGCAUGCCAAACAAAAUAUAUUGUUGCAUGGUAAUCAUUGACUAUUGUUUGUACAAGGCAUAUGUGUGUUAAAAAAAAAAUCUACACUCUGUAACACAUACAAUAUGUAACAUGUCAAAGUGAGACUUGAGCAUUUAAGGGACAAAUUCGGGAUAAAAUCAAUGUAUUAAAAUAAUCGUGAAAUACGUAAUGAUACAAAAAGAAUAAUAUUUUCAAUUUAGAAAUUUAUUUAAGAAUUGAAUUUAAUGACAAUUCUUCGCUACCAAAUAGUUAUGAUGUCCAAUCAUUACGCCUCCAGUAAGCCAAACAUGGCGCAUUUUCUCGAUGUAUUGCACUUAGUAAAAAUAUUACACCAGACAAGUAUAAGUUGAUUCAAAAUUGACAACAUCAACUCACCUAAUUGUAGUGUCCAAUAUGCAGACAAUUGUAUAUUCCCACCAUUUUCUUCAGAUGGUGUGGUUAUUGUAGGCUGAAUCAAUUCAUCUGUCCAGAGGAAAACUGGUCUGAAUAGCUGUCUGCCAAUAAACUGAGAUAAGAAAAAGGUGGUCCUCCGCAUACAAGCCAUAGUGUCUGUGAAAUAAUAUAUGGAUGUGUCUUAGCAGAAGAAAUGUGACACAGCCUGGUGACAAACAUUCAUAAUUGAAUAAUAGCUACUGAUACAAUUUUACUAGUAAAAUACGUAUGUGAUCGUUCAACUUCUUGAACUACAAAGUAGAUUAAUACACGUUCCAAAAGCAGUAACUCCGAUAUCAGACUACUAUUGACGUCGUUUGAGAACUAUCAGUGGGUAUCUAAGUUAACAUAUUCAAACCGAUAUACACCCAGCUCUAGACCGCUGAUGCUAUUUUGGAAAAGUCUCCAUAAUAAGUACUUAAAGUAGCUUCUAUGACUAGCAUUCCUAAGUUUCUAUUUUUACUCAGGUGGUGUAAGAGUCAUCAUAAUAGACAUCUAAAAUGACAUUUUAAACCAGUGCUACAAAAUCUUGCUAAAGUAUUUAGAAUGGACAUCUAAUCUGACACUCCAAAACUAGUGUUUCUGACAUUGGACUGCCACUGAGGUCUUGUAACAACUACGACAAUGGACAUUUAAACUGACAUUUUAGAACCGGCAUUUCCGAUAGUGGACUACAACUGAUGUCGUACAAUAAUCAUCAUGAUGGAUAUCUAAACUGACACCACCAGAAUUUGCAUGCAAAUAGACACUAUAAAAACCAGAAUUGAGAAUACUUGUGUAGUUCACUUAGUAUAUUGUCUGAAUGUUUCUUUGAAUAAUUUUUAUUAUUAUUCUAUAUAAAUUGGAAAAUGUCUAACAUAGCAAGUCAAAUAAAUUCGAUUAUAUUUCUAGAUAAUAAUCUAUCUCCAUAUCAGAAAUGUAUUUAAUCCAAACGUUUAUACUAUGUAUCUGUCACCAUUUCAUUCUCUCUGCUUAUAUUGUAAACCCCUAACACGUGUGGCUUCAUUUACGUUUUAUUUGCAAUUCGUUUAACGUUAAAAAAAAAGUUUAAAAUCUAAUACACGUUGUGUAAACUGUAUUUUGUGAAUACGUAGGAAAAGAAUCUAAUAAUCCAAAUAUUUUGUUUUAAAAAGAACUUGCAAGUUAAUUAUAGCAGAACUAAACAAUGUUGCAACAAAACAGCAGAACUAAACAAUGCUGAAACAAAACAGCAGAACUAAACAAUGCUGAAACAAAACAGCAGAACUAAACAAUGCUGAAACAAAACAGCAGAACUAAACAAUGCUGAAACAAAACAGCAGAACUAAACAAUGCUUAAACAAAACAGCAGAACUAAACAAUGCUGAAACAAAACAGCAGAACUAAACAAUGUUGAAACAAAACAGUAGAACUAAACAAUGCUGAAACAAAACAGCAGAACUAAA